UGAAACAGGUCAGCUGACUGAUGACGUUUGACGGGAGUAACUUUACUGAGAGGAAGCACAUUGGUGAAUCAGUGGCGAGUGAGCCGGCGGCAGGGACAAAACCAGAAGAAUUACGAGUCUCCUAAAGUCCGUUGAAUACAAAUCAAUAAGGAACCAUGCCUGGAGACAUUAAUAAAGGCAAGAAAGCAUUUGUCCAGAAGUGUGCCCAGUGCCAUACUGUGGAGAAUGGUGGAAAGCAUAAGGUUGGGCCCAACCUUUGGGGUCUGUUUGGACGCAAAACAGGCCAGGCAGAGGGCUACUCCUACACUGAAGCCAACAAAAGCAAAGGCAUUAUCUGGGAUGAGGACACCCUGAUGAUUUAUUUGGAAAACCCCAAGAAAUACAUUCCAGGAACAAAGAUGAUCUUCGCUGGCAUCAAAAAGAAGAAUGAACGUGCUGACCUUAUAGAGUAUCUCAAGUCUGCAACUUCAUAAAGGAUUCUUCAUCUGGGCUUCUUUGCCAGUUUUUGUGUUCAAGAGACCAGGACUUGUCAGUCUUUCAAAAUCAAGCAGAACAGUCUGAAUGGUGUCGGCAUAAGUUGCCAUCUUUGUCACAGCUGUACCUCUUUUUCUGAUACGAUCCUCCGGUGCGGUGGAAUAAAUUAUAUCCCCUGGUUUUAACAGGUUCCUUUUCUAACAUAAAUUAUUAAACCAUAUACUGUUUAUUAUGACUGUAGGGACUGAAAGCUGUGCAUGUUUGCUAACUGACUGUCUUCCAAUGUUGUGUUUCUCCAUAGAUUCAUGGUUUAUAAUUAAGUUGUCUUAAUCAUUUUCUGGUCCAAGAAUGAAUAUGCCUUUCUGCUUCUGAUUUGAUGAUACCUCAACAGUCUUUUAUUAUGUCAUUUUUGAAUUUGCAAGUUGAAUAAAUCUGACACUAAAUAUUA